AUGGACUCGGGGCUUCUCGCAGGCCCGGAGCAGCCGGCCCCGGGGGUGACCCUCACCGAGAGCCUGGUGGCCAGGAGGAACCUGCCCCGGGCAGCGGAGACCCAGAGCGCCCGGAGCCGGUCCGCGGCGCUCACGGCCCUCGGCACCAUCCGCCUGGAUCGGGAGAACAUCUGCGCCAUCGGGGAGCUGCAGGGCCUGCGGGAGGUCCACAGCCUCUACCUGCAGCAGAACAGGAUCGAGCGCAUUGAGAACCUGAGCUGCCUUCCCCAGCUGCGGUUCCUCUCUCUGUCUGGAAACCGCAUCCGCAAAGUGGAAAACCUGCGGCCCCUGCAGCAGCUGCUCUUCCUGGAUCUGUCCCAGAACCAGAUAGAGACACUGGACCCGGAUGAGCUGCCCCGGAGCCUCCGUCUGCUCGACUUGACAGGAAACAAAUGCACCCACCAGGACGGGUACAGAGAGACGGUGCUGGGGGCCCUGCCCCGACUGCUGCAGCUGGAUGCCCAGCCCGUCCCGGGCUGCCCRGAGCCUGCCCCGCUCGAGGGAGAGGAGCAAGGCAGUUCCUCCGGCAGUGAGGACGAAGAGCACGAGCCCCUCUGUGAGCCCAGCGGCGCUUUCACUGCAGGCCAAGAUUUCUUCGUGGCUCUGCGCCGGGAGCUGGCUGGGCGCUCGCGCAGGAGGCAGAGGGCGGCGCUGGCGGAACACGAAGCCCGCCUGGAGCUGCUGCAGGAGCUGCAGGAGCGUCGGCACCGGCUGCCGCCUCCUGCACCGCCCGGCGCGGGCACCUGCCCAGCCCGGAGCCCCGGCGACCACGGAGCAGCCCUGGCCGCAGGGAGCCCCGGGCAGCCGCAGGGCUGUCCCCACGCGAGGCCAGGGACGCCGCCGUCACCGCCGCCAGCAGCGGGCAGCCAGCAGGGCCUCCCGCAGCCUCCGCGAGGUCCCGGCAGGAGCCCGGGCCGGAGCCAGGCCCCGCAGCGGGACACUCGUGCCACAGCCCGGCCCAGGGCAGCGAAGAAAUAG